CACAGGCUGGCAUUUUCUCCCUCCACGACUGGUGUAAAUUAAUACAGGCCGUCUCGCCACUUCGAGAGAGGAAACCAAACAGUUCCACGGGGGCUAACGUUAGCUAUGUCGUCUGGUGGAGAUAUAUUCGAGACUUACGUACACUCGAAGCCCACGGUAUGCUUUGUUUGUUGUCGUUGGGCUUCGCGGAGGACUCGAGUUAGCACUGAGCUAGCCACAUCUUACGGACAGCUAAUGAGAAGCUAAGUGUCCGCUGGGCUCGGUCCGCGAUUGGUGCAUUCAAUUUCCGGUGGGCGGGACUAAAUGAGACACUUUUAACUUUUCUAUUUGUAUUCGUUUGGCAACAACACGCUGGAAAAGACAAGAUAUUAGACCAAGAGAUGAUGAUGUCGCUGGACAAGUCCAAAAAGGUCUCCAUCGGGCCUCGGCCCCGCCCCCCGACGAACGGCAGCGGCCAGAGCGCCCUGGCGGCGCCCGCUCAGCGCAUCCCCAGGAAGCGCUACUCGGUGGGUGUCGCCUUCAAGGGGCCGACCAAGCGCCGUCGGCGCGUCCAUAGUGACAGUCAAGUGGAGUCCCUGCUGCCCAGUCACUUCCUGAUGGGCGGGAACAUCUUCGACCCGCUCAACCUGAACUCGUUGUUGGACGAAGACGUCAACAGGGCGACUAAUCAGACGACUCCGAAGUGUUCGCCCCUGCCGUCCCGCAGCAGGGACCCCGUAGACAUCCUGGUUCCCCGAGACAUCACGGACCCUUUGAACCUGAAGGGUGAGGGAAGGCCUGGCGGCGAGGCGGCGGCCGUCCUGCUGUCCCCCCUCAAGUCCAGGAGGAGACACCGGAACCAUCAUGGCGGCGACAAGCAGGCGGUGGCCCGGCCCAUCUUUCGCUCCACAGAUGGACUGACUGUUCCAGUGUUGUCCAGAGAGGGCAGUGCGGCGGUGUCCCCUCUUCCUUGCGAGCUCAACACGGCCAUCACCUGUCGAGAGGACGUCGCCCCGCCCCCGAUCCUUCCCAGGAGACACUCGCACCCUCUGCCGGGCGGCACGCGCAAGUCCAAUGACCGGCGCCAGAGGACUCGACGGCGCACCACUUCUGCAGUGUCGACGCGCGUCGUCGCCGACACGGCGGAAGCGGCCCGGUUCCGCACACCGCUGGCGGGAGGGGCGGGACUCGACAAGUGCACCCGUAAGCCCCCGGAGAAGAAGGACAAACACCGCUACCAGUACGGCAACUAUUGCCGCUACUAUGGCUACCACGGUUUCUAUGGCAACGGUUGGGAGGGGCGCAUCGGGCCUGCAGAGGACGCGCGGCUCCGCUUGCUGCAAGCCGAUUGGUUCCGAGACAAGAAGGCGCUGGACGUGGGCUGCGGCGCCGGUCACCUGACGCUGACCGUGGCCCGCACCUUCAACCCCGCGCACAUCCUGGGGGUGGAGAUGGACGGGCGACUGGUGCGUGCCGCCAGGCAGAACAUCAGGCACUUCCUGUCACAUGACCUGGUGGAAGAGGAGAGGAAGAGGAGGAGCGCCUCUCCAAGUCUAGAGGGAGCCAAAAAUGAGGAGGAGAAGCAAGAGGAGCUGAAGGAGGACAAAGCCGUGCGCCUCCUGGCCUUCCCGCUGUCGCUGAGGGUGAGUCGCGGUCCUCUGGCCGCGCCCCCUCUCCUCCCGGCCACGCCGCCGCCCUCGUGCAGGUUUCCCGACAACAUCUCCUUCAUCCAGGGCGACUACGUGUCAGAGCAGGAGGCGUGGCCUGGGCGGGGUCAGUAUGAUGUCAUCAUGUGUUUGGGCGUGACCAAGUGGGUGCAGCUGCAGGCCGGCGAUGAGGGCGUGGCCCGACUCUUCAGACGAGCCUAUCAGAGCCUGUCGCCGGGCGGAUUUUUCAUCCUCGAGCCUCAGCCGUGGCGACGCUACGGCCGCAGCAAAAAAGCCUCGGCGACCACAUACCAUCACUACAGGAGUUUGCAAGUGAGACCAGAGCACUUCACCUCCUACUUGAUGGACAAUGUCGGCUUCAGCUCCUACAGACUCCUCACACACGCUGGUGAGAAACAGCCCAUCUACCUGUUCCACAAGAAGUGAGCCUCCAUGGCGUCGUGAGCUCGUGAUUGGACAGCACCGGCUCCUGUCGUGU